AUGGAGAUUGACGACCAGAAGCAGCAACAGCUAGAAGCCCCCGCUGCCGUGCCAGAAGGGUUCAACACUGACUAUCUCCGUGUCUACUACGGAAAGCUCUUCCCAUAUGGUGAUUUCUUCAAAUGGCUUUGCUAUGGAAAUGAUGGAAAGCACCCCGGAUGUGAUCAGUCAUAUGUUGGACGUCGAGAGUUUUCAUUUACACUGGAGAAUGACAUCUACUUGCGCUUCCAAUCCUUUGAUAGUGCUGCUGAAUUGGAGAGUUCUAUCAAGGAGAAGUGCCCAUUCAAGAUUGAUAUUGGACCUGUCUACAGCGUAGAUCCUUCAAAGCGUCAUGCUUACGCCCAAUCUGGCAAUAAUGUCUUUGUACCAGUGGAGAGAGAACUAAUUUUUGACAUUGAUAUAUCUGAUUAUGAUGAUGUUCGCUACUGCUGCUCUGGAGCUGAUGUCUGCUCAGACUGCUGGCCCUUAAUGACAAUUGCUAUCAAAAUUUUGGAUACUUCUCUUAGAGAUGAUUUUGGUUUCAGUCACAUACUAUGGGUAUACAGUGGCCGUCGUGGUGUCCAUUGCUGGGUCUGUGAUAGCAGAGCAAGAAAGCUAAGCAAUGAACAAAGGGCUGCAAUUGCUGACUACUUUCGAGUCUACAAGGGUGGUGAAAAUGCACUGAAGAAAAUAUCCUUGGCUGGACCUGUCCUCCAUCCCUUCCUUGCCCGGUCAUACAUGGAUGUUCUCAAAACCUUCUUUGAAGAUAGGUUGCUCCUUAGCCAACAACUCUUUUCAUCAGAGGAGAGAUGUCAGAAGAUACUUGAUCUCAUCCCUGAUGAAAAUGUUGCUAGUGAGGUCCAUGACAAGUGGCAGGGAAAUAGACGAUCUUCUAUUUCAAAGGAAGAUGUCAAUGUGACCAGAUGGGAGCAAUUGAAGACGACUUUACAGUCAGGAAAACACAAGGCUCAGGGGCUUCGUAGAUGUGUGGAAGAGAUUGUCUUCUCAUACACAUAUCCUAGACUUGACAUGGAGGUAUCAAAGCACAUGAAUCAUUUACUAAAAGCUCCCUUUUGUAUACAUCCAAAGACAGGUCGUGUUUGUGUUCCAAUUGAUCCCAGUAACUGUGAUGAUUUUGAUCCUGCAGCUGUUCCGACUCUAUCACAGCUUUUAGGAGAGCUCAAUGCUACUGGUUUUCAGACAGAUUCCGAAAAUAAUUUGGAAAGAACGUCCCUUGGGAAAUCCAUCAGUUUUUUCAGAACUUCCUUUCUGCACCCAUUGCUGAAAGCGUGCAAGGAGGAACUGGAAAGUGCAUAUAAUGCAAAGCUUCAACAGUCCAAGAAUUCCUUGAACUGGGUUACAGUGACGGUCAAACACUCAAAUGGAUGGAGACAAGAUUUAGGUCAUUUCAUGCAAGUUCGUUGCUCAGCAGAUACUGAUUGGGCUGCUUGGAACCCCGACCAGGUAUUGCCUCACCUUGCUUACUGCGCUCGCACGCUCAACAAGAAGUUUGCCCUCGCACACUCAAUGAGAAGCUUGACCGGAUGA